AGCGCAGAGUAGUUUCCAUUUCAGUCUGUCUUAAGGCUAGACCUUGUUAGUUGAAUCAUGUCAUCACUGCUCAAAACUGAGGAGGUAAAGCAGAGUUUUUAACAUAAUGUAGAAAAGAAUAAAACAAAUUUCUUUCAAUAUCAUUCUACUAAAGAAUACACAAUGGUCACGUGAUGUGGAUAAUUGAGCGCAUCAUCAGAAGAUGGCAUGAUGGUCGAUGGUGUUCUCAAGUUCGUAGCAUAACAUUUUUAGGAAAAAAAAUAUAUAUGCUCAUAUUUUCUGGAUUUUCAUAAGCUCAAGUUUAAUUUCAAGUCGAUUUUUAAUGGAUUCCCAUGCUUUUAAUAAACAACGUUUCUCAUAACAAUAGUUUAAAUACUGAUGAAUGUGAAAAGUUGUACAUUUCUACGACGUAAAGGUACCAGGUGAUUCAAUCUAUGUAUCUCCAUUUACGAUAUGGCGCGCGUCUCCAGCAGAUUUUUCGACACAUCUUCAUUGACCAUUUGUAAACAAGCGGGCAACAAAACUUUCGGAGGUGUUGCUUGGUGUAAAGGUCAAUCGAAUAUGGAUUCAUUGAAUUGCGGUACAGAUGGUAUAUCGACUUCCACUCUGUCAACUGAGUUAAUACAAAAUGAAUCAAAAUCUACUACAAGUGAUUUGGACCUGGUGCUUAAUAGAGAAAAGGAAAUAUCAACAGAAGUUGAAAAAGAUUUAAAGAUAUCGUCCACUUCUGAAAUUCAAACAGAUCAACGAAAUUAUGUAAGUACAGAGGACAAAGACACAAAUGGUGCAGAGAGGGCACUUGUGAAAGAUAAUGUUAAAAGUGAUGUACAGACAAUUGAAGUGGAGAAAGACGCAAAAGAGCAAAAGGAAGGAAGAAGAAAACGCAAAAGUAUAAGUACUCAGGAAAGAGAUUCCACUUCUGAAGAUAGUGCCGGCAAGACAAAAAAGAAAAAGUUGCAAAAUACUAGCGACAAAUAUUGUUGGCGUUGUCAUAAAGAAACAGUGGAUGUUCAAUGUAGUGCGUGUCCACGUUCUUGGCAUCGAAAAUGCAUUGGUGGAGCACAGCUAACCAACGUUCAAAAUUGGAUUUGUGGAGAAUGUGCAACUAUCUUAAAGGCUGAGAAUGCAGAAACUCGAUCGGAAGCAAUGUCUCAGCUCUCUGUUGAUCAACUUUGCAUGCUGCUAAAACAUAUAAUUGACAGAAUGCGUGAUUAUCCUGGGUCAGAACCAUUUUGGAAGGAAGUUGACACUAAAGAAGUUAGUAAUUAUAUGGAAUACGUUGUAAAGCCAAUGGAUUUGUGUUUAUUGGAAAAUAAUGUCAAAUCCAAAUUAUACGGCAGUACAGACGCAUUCAUGGCAGAUGCAAAGUGGAUUCAACAUAAUUGUAUUGUUUUUAAUACAUGUGGAGGAGUCUACGCCGAUCCGUCAAAGUUGACAAGCGCUGCAAAACAAAUAGUGAAAGUUGCAAGACAAGAGGUGUCAGAAUUGGAAGCAUGUCCAGAUUGUUAUAUGCACGGUCGUAAUUUACCGCGUCCAUUACCAAGUUGGUUCAUUGAACCUUGUCGUCGCCCUCAUCCAAUUGUCUGGGCAAAGCUGAAGGGAUUUCCAUUUUGGCCAGCAAAAGCUUUACCUCGCAUAAAUGGAGCAGGAUAUAUUGAUGUACGUUUCUUUGGGGAACAUGAUCGCGCUUGGGUUGUUCCUAAAGAUGUAUUCUUGUAUUCUGAAGAGCCUCCACAGCCUUUGCCUCGAAAGAAAAAGAAUGAAAUGGACGAGUGCGUCAGAGAAGUUGCUCGUCACUGUCGAAAAUUGGAAAUGGUUUUUGGACAGUUUAAGUUUGCUCCGCCUCGAAUUCAAUAUAAUCCCAACGAUCAAACACAAAUACAAAUUAUGCUGCCAAAUUACGAUUCAUCGUCUCACAUAUCUAAAUCACAAACGUUGGCUUUAAAGAAGAGGCCUUCAUUUAGAAAUCGUUGGGAAGUAGAAGGUUCUUCACGUGAAGACACUAAUUCUUCAGUCGAACAAAAUAACUCUAAUCUUGUUAAAUCUAGACCAACUACGCCUGGUCUCACGAAAAAAAAGGUGCAACGAAAGUCAGUUUCUAUAGGUAGUUCUCCUGUUAUAGAAAAAGAAGAUUCCUCUGAAUCUACCAAGAAGGCAGAAAGUUUGAAUUUAUCUAAAGUGAAUGAUAGCAAACUAAAACCAAAAUUAAAGUCACAGAAAAAGGAUGAAACUGAGGUCAUAACGUGUCCAAAAUUAACUAUUCAUUUAAAUAAAAGUAGUGGCAAUUUGAAAAAUAGUUUACCAAAUGACAAGCCUGCAGAAGAAACAGUUCAAAAGUCACCUCCAAAAGAUUUAAAGAGCUGUACACCAAAAAUUGCACCUAAAGUAAUUUCAUCGUUUCUUGCAACGAGUACUCCGAAAAUUGCCCUCAAACCAAUUAAAUCUAAUGCUAAUAAAUUGUACAAUCCUAAAAAGACGAUUAUUGAUAAACUUAAUGCUGUAAGCGAAUCUAAAUCUAGUGAAGAAUCCGUCUCUGUGUUGGAAUCUGAAUCGCAAAAUAAAAGUACAUCAUCUUCAGUUGGUUCGAAUUCUUCAACAAGGCUUUAUGCGUCAUCAGGGGAUAAAUCAAUGGAAGUUAAAAAAUUACCUACAGAAGUAGGUAGCUGUAAUCAAACAAGUAAUAAAAUUGUUUCUCCUGUUAAACAAGAACCGCGUGAUAUGUCAGUUUCUAAGAAAAAACAAAGUAAAGCAAAGAAAUCAUUUCCUAAUAGGCCACCGAAUUUUUCAUUUCCGUCGAAAACGUCGACAGCUCCACCUGUUGAUGCUAUGGUUUACAUUCCUCCUCAAAGCACUGAAAAUCCAAUUUCUCAUCAGCAGCUACCACCUCCAGAAGCCGGGCCAUUUUCUUCGAAAUUGCAUCAACGAUCAUUAGAACUAGCUAAGCGAAUGGCACAAAUGAUGGAGGAAGCCCUUAGGGAAACAGUCUUAGAAAAUUCUGAAAUUGAGCAAACGUCUAGUGACGGUUGCCAAGCAAAGAUUCACUUUUUAAAACUUGAAAUUGAACGCAUGAGAUGGCAACAUCAACAACAGCUGGAUGAAUUACGAUAUAAUACAGAUCGCACUUUAAAAGAGAUGAGGGCAAGUUUAGAAGCAGAGAGAUUGAGAGCAGUUGCAGAGACGCGUAAACAUGCAGAAGAGGAAAAACAGAGGUGCGUCGAAGAAAUUAAGAAAAAGCAGUGGUGUGCAAUGUGUGGUCGUGAAGCACUUUUUUAUUGUUGUUGGAAUACAGCGUACUGCGAUUAUCCCUGUCAACAAAAACACUGGCCAGCACACAUGACUUCGUGCGCUCAAAAUCCACCUUCAAGUUCAACUGCUGUGUCCAGUACUCCGGUGAAUGUUAGUAUUAAUGAUCAGUCGCAGGUGAUGCCCAGGCUGCAGAUUAGUUCUCAAAAUGUGUCUACUAAUUCUUGGGUUACCUAAAGUAGAAAUAGUGUUUUAGUAACUGCGGUUUUAAUCAAUUUACAAAAUCAGUUUAUUGUAAAGAUUUCGUGUAUGGGGUUAAAAAAAACAAAAAACUUUUUAAUUCAAUUAGAUUAUAAUUUCUGUAUUAAUCGCGGAAAAAAUAACUUGACGUCUCUUUACAUAGAGUACAUUUGUUGUACUGUUUCCGAUGAUCGCUCAAGCGCUAGCAUUUAAAUUAGAAUGGAAAUUUAUUUUCUAUGAAAAUAAAAAACGCAUUAUAACAUUAUGUAUCUUUUUUUGUCUUAUUGGACAAAUCGUUAAUCAUCGACUUAAUAUGCUCCAAUUAUUAUAUCUUAUUUUAUUACUCUAGACAUGAAGUAUUAGUAAAAAUUAAAACAACUAUAUCAGUAGUCGUCAAACUACUGGCAAUGUCUUUCUUAUUUUUUUGUUCUUAUGUUAUAAUAUUUUUACAGUUGAAAAUUGUAAAUUAAAUUUUACAUUUGUGUUAUUAUUAUUGGAAAAAGUAUGAUUUUGGGACCUGUCAUUUACUGCAAAAUACAUCUGAAAAGUUUAUUUUUUAAAUGAUUUUCUUGAAAAAUUAAUAUAAUUUUCUCAAUAAAAUACGAGUCACUAACGUCUAGAAUUAACAGAAUCAGCAAUAUAUAUGUUUAUUUAUUGUAUUUUCAUUAUUGUAUAACAGUGAAAUGUGGAUCAAAAAAUGCUUUUCUAAAUGAA